AUGGCUCGGUCAUCGAUCCUUCGUCUGGGUUUUUGUGUCAUACUCUUUCUUCUCAUUCCCCUCCCAAGCACUGCUGUCGAGGGGAAUCACCUCGAGCGCCGGGCUCGCAAGAAGAGCAUACCGAAGUCCACUGCAGCUUUUGGCGUUCAGCAGCCGCAGCUGUCUCAGCAAAAGGACGAGGAAGGCGUUGGCAGUGCUUCGCACACUAUCGCGAUGCAACGUGGGUUUGAUGAGCAACACAACACAAUCAACGAAGACCCAUCAGCUAUUGUCUCUCCUCCCCUUUCGUACCACGCUAAUCCGUCGUCUUCUCUCGAGCGCCAUGUCAGCUCACUCCGCCUUCUUCCUCCUUCCAACUCGCCCAUUGGCCCUGCCACCUCAUCUCACUCUCCAUCUAAAUCGCAGCACAACGAUCUUUCCGGCUCUCCACCGCAAGUCAGCGCAGCUGCAAGACGGAAGAAAAGGUUCAGACGCCCUUCCGAGAAGGCCAAGGAGAACGACGAGGCAGGAGACUACACGAGUCAUAUGACGCGUCAAAGGCACAGUAGUAGAACAGUUUUUGGUCGAGACAACAAAACACCCUCCGAAGAAUCGAUACAAGAACUCUUUGACGAGGUGGCCGCAAGAAGUCACCAGACUGAUGGGAAGCGCACUUUAAGUAGCGAAGAAAAGAAACACCUGUCUAUUGAGGCCUUGCAUGCUUUCAAUAUAAUAAGCAAGAGCUCAAGGGUCGAUUUUCAAGGCGAAAGAUAG